CACGUACAUAACAUCGGCGGUGAUCACACGUGGGUUAACACCUCACGCGUUUGUGGGAUUUAUGUGCUGGAGUUUGUAGUAAAAACAUGUCGAAAGGGCAGAGAGCCGUGUCAGAUGAAAAAAACGGGGUUGACAUGGGACUACAGGAUGAGGGGGCCCCAGAUCCUCCACCGGAGACGAGACGUACCCGCAGCGGUCGCCAAGUGCGCACUCCAGCCGCACUGCUGGAUUCACAAGUCCCGGUGAGGACUCCCAGCCGGAGGACGAGGAAGUCUGUUAUCCAGGAGGCGGUGGAAGAGAACAUUACUGAGGUGGCAACGCCAAGAGCUGAGGAGCUGGUCGAGGACAAGCUCAGUUUGUCUGCUGAACCGGAGUCGUGUACUGCAGAGGCUGCUGUCGUUCAUGUGUCCGGGCCUACACCAUCAGAAACGGUACCGAUGACUGCCGACACCAUGCCGAACAAGAAGCCUCGUUUGGGAUCAAGCGGGAAGCAAAGCACGGCCGUACCUCUGGGGAAACCAAAAUCGGGGAGAGUAUGGAAGGACCGCAACAAACAGAGGUUCUCUGUGCUGUUGAGAGAUAAACCAUUGUGCUCUUCCUGGGAGAAGAAGAUGCAGGCCAAGCGGGAGAAAGAUCUGGUGAAACAGUACACGGUGCAGCUGAAAGAGGAGAAAGCCAAACAGAAGGAAGAAAAGAGGAAAAGGAGAGAGGACAACUUGAAACGACGUCUCGAGAAUGAACGCAAAGCAGAGAUUGUCCAAGUGAUCAAGAACACAGCCAAGAUUAAGAGGAUGAAGAAGAAACAUCUGCGGAAGAUUGAGAAGCGAGACACGCUGUCUCUGCUGCAGAAGUCACGCACGCAGAGUGAAAAAGCCAAAGGGCCUAAGAGUAUAAAGAGCGACAAAAAUCAAAGCCAAAAGACUGUGAGAUAAUAAAACUGUGUCGGAUAAGCUCUGUGUCUUUUAUAAGGAUGUCUGAAAUAUAAACAGUGUUGUUUAAUUAAAACAUUAAUGAAUAAAGGUUUUCUAAGCAGAGAAGAGUUCUAA